ACAUUGUACCCGUUUGCGAUGUCUUGCCCUCAGUGUUUCACGGGUCACAUAAAUCCCGGUAGCCCAACAGGUCGCUGGGAUACAAUCUAUGGCCUGCGGACUUACAUUGCAGACCCUCCAGCCGGCAAGCCAGCCCUAGGCAUUGUUGUAAUCAUUCCCGACGCCUUCGGAGUGGACUUUGUCAACAAUCAGAUUUUGGCAGAUCACUAUGCCUCCGCUGCACAGUUCCUAGUAUAUCUACCGGAUUUCAUGAACGGUAAUGCUGCCCCAGUCAGGACAAUGAUUAACAUGGCACACAUGUGGGACGAGACUGAAAGUUGGGUGUGGAAGCCAUAUUAUGUCGCUGCAGCUAUGGCGGACUUCCUCCCUUUUCUUUAUAGAAAUAGAUUCAGCGUUGCCUGGCCAAGAAUAAAGAAGUUUCUCCAGGAUCUCCGCUACGACGGGAAGACAUCGCUCCCAAUUGGUAUAGCAGGCUUCUGCUGGGGUGGACUGCACGCAGUCAGACUCAGCCAUGACAAUACCCAAUCCAAGACUGACGACGGGAGGCCUUUGGCGGAUGCAAUUUUCACUGCGCAUCCCAGUAAUCUCAGUCUCCCCAAGGAUCUUAGCGACGUCAAACUCAAUCUUUCAAUAGCGAUUGGCGAUGAUGAUGGUGUUAUGGGAGCGGGCCAAGUUCGAGAGGCCGAGCGCAUCUUAUCAAGCAAGAGUGACGUCGACACUGAGGUUAUUACUUAUCCCGGAGCAAAGCAUGGGUUCUCAAUUCGUGCUAGUAGAGUGCAUCCAGAUUCACGGGAGACGAAGCAAGCAGAAGAAGCUGAGAAGCAGGCGAUCAGAUGGUUCCAACGACAGUUCAAGGCUGCUGCUUGA